AUGUGGACAAUUAUUGCGAUAUUGGCUCUGAAAAAUGCCUUGAUUUUGUAUAUGAAUCAUUCUCGUAAUUUCACUAAAGAGUAUGUUGGUAAUGAGCAGAUACCCAUUCGUCAUAUUGUUGCCAUUAGUUGUUAUAAAGAACCUGUAGACUUGAUUGCAAGAAGUGUUCAAACGCUAGCAGAUCAAACAGAAGUCCGUCGAAUAACGAUGGUCAUCUCAUUUGAAGAACGAACGCCGGAUGAAGAAAAGAAAUGUCAAUUUUUGCAAGAAAAAUUUCAAAAUUGUGGCUUCGAACGCCUUAUAUACACAACUCAUCCAUUUGGUUUGCCCAAUGAAAUACCAGGAAAAUGUUCAAAUUCAAAUUAUGGCCUUUGUACGGCCGUUAAGGAAAUGGGUAUCGUUGAGGGUGAAAUGGACCAUAUUCUCGUGACAACUUGUGAUGCAGAUUCCAAAUUUCCACCCCAAUACAUUGCUGCAUUGACUAGUAAGUAUCUCAAAGAGAAUAGACCAGCACUGACUACAAUCUACCAGUCACCUUUGUUUUACAACUGGAAAUUAGAUGGUCUAUCGUUUGUUACUCGUGUAACGGGUUUGUUACGAAGUUUUCUCAUGUUAGGUGCAUUAAUCCCAUUCAACAUCAACACAAUGAGCAUUUUCUCAUUCUCACUAAGUCUGGCAAAAAAAGGAGAUUUCGUUCAUCCCAGCUAUCAAAUGGAUGAUAUUAUUUGUCUCAUUCGAUGGAUGGGUGUGACACAACAACGAUUGCGAAUAUCCAUGAUACCUGUGCCAGUAUUGAGUGGACCUACAUCAGGAGAAACAAUCGAAAAGGAAAUUAUCGAAUGGGCAAGACAAGCACGUCGCUGGACAAUCGGAGCAGCCGAAGUAUUCCAUUAUUUUGCAGUCAAAUCAAAUCGUAUGCCAGCAGUAGCUGCAUGUUCUUGGGGCAUUGCUUUUCUUAUUUAUUAUGGUGUCAUAUUGUGUACUGGAGGUUUAUUUGGUCUAACAACAAUGUUAUCAAUGAUUUUUCUUAUCAAAAAUGUUCCCCUAGCUGUCUCCUAUAUCAUGUAUGGUCUGUUCGCUUUACAAAUGCUAACAUUUUCAAUUGCAUUUAUCAUCGAUAUAUUUAUUCCCAAAUUAUUGAAUGUUGAUGAAUGUAUUUUUUUCCUACGUAACUUAUUUCAUUUCAUAACAACACCAUUUGUCCUUUUAGCCUAUUCAUUUGUUGAAUUUUAUGCACUACAUGAAGUCGUGAUUUUUGGUAAAAAAGUAUGCAAACAUGGUGCAUCGGCAAAAGGAGCUCUCUAA